GUCACUAAAAAACCUUACCGGCUGUUCCGGUCAUAUUUGGCUGUACUUGAAACCCUCUUUGUAACCUUAGUAGCUUGGAUUCUCUGCUUUCUAGUUCUUGUCUUCGGUUCUGCUUCGCUUGUUGAAGAUCCUCUCUCCGCUCUUUCCUUCAUCAAUUUCUAAGGAGCUUAGACGAUGACAAAGGGAAAGGGAACAGGAAGGACUUCAAGGGACGUAUUGAAACCAGUUGAUGACCGAAAGGUAGGAAAGCGAAAGGCUGCUUAUAAACCGGAGAAGAGCAGCGCACCAAAGCCUACUAAGAAGGAGAAGAAGGCCAAAAAAGAUCCCAACAAACCGAAAAGACCUCCGAGCGCUUUCUUUGUCUUCCUUGAGGAGUUCAGAAAGACUUUUAAGGCAGAAAAUCCUACUGUGAAGGCCGUAUCAGCUGUUGGAAAGGCUGGAGGAGAAAAAUGGAAAUCCUUGACUAAGGCCGAAAAAGCUCCAUAUGAAGCCAAGGCUGCAAAAAGGAAAGUUGAGUAUGAAAAACUUCUGAAUGCUUAUAACAACAAGGCAAGUUCAGCGGAUGAUGAGGAGGAGGAAUCUGACAAAUCCAAAUCCGAAGUUAAUAAUGAAGAUGAAGCAAGUGCAGAGGAUGACCACCAAGACGAGGAUGAUGAUGAUGAGGACGACGAUGAUGAUGAGGAAGAUGAUGAUUGAGAUUGGUGUGUAUAAAUUAAGAUAUGAUGUUUCAUUGGUGGAGGGAGGCUAUUAUAUAGUUUGUCUCUGCAUAUUAGGAUACUUUUGGAUAUUUGUGUUGGUUGAAUAUCUGUCUUGUCUUGCUGGUAUGAUAUUUUGCCAGCUUCCCUCAGUUGUUAGUUAUUGUACUUAAAUUCUCCUUUGUGCACUGCUGCCUCAAAUGUGUUGGCUGAAGUAAUAUAAAUUUCUUUUUUAUCAA